AUGGAAACUUCGCCACGCGCACCAGAACUUGGGUUGGCGGCCCUGCCCUCUUACGGCGACGAAUUGCAUGACGAAACUGCGCAUCUUGGACCGCUUCCGAUCUCGCUGUUGGCGAUACAAGCGGCCACGACUGCUCUUCAGUACGAAGAUCACCAUUUACUUGACGAUCCCCGCUCUGAAGACCGUCUGCGGCUUCUGAGCGCAGUCCUCACGACUUUCAUCGACGGCUUCUAUGCGCAGCAACCAGUGGAAUCCUAUCCAGCUGAAGAGCAGGGUCUCUUCACGCCUCAGAAUCGCGUUGCACCUCUACCAGGCUCUCCGGGACCAUCCAACCCUCUUAUGCCGAGAGACGACGCACCAUUCAUCGGAUCAGGGAGUGCUGUAGUUGCUCCACAGCCUCUACUCACACAGGUCGGAAACAUCACACCCUCUGAAGCGUCCGACCAUACGGCCACCGAUGCGAGAUCGGCCCAAGAGACGACAGUAUCCCAGGAUGCUGGGCAGGAAGAGGAUGACAACGUGACCCGUAACAGUCCUUCUGCUCGCUCUUUACACAGUAUGCGCUCAGAGAUGACAAGCGAGCUUGCCCCUCAAGACGCAUCUCACGCUGGCAGCGCCGCGCCGUCAGGAUCAGGUGCGGCGCAACCCGGCGCUUCAGGACUGGCUCGAACGAGUGCGCCCUUCCAUACUGUACAAGACAGAGACAUCGUGUCGAAUCACCCCAACGAAAGUCGCGAAGCGUCAGGACCGUCCACCACUGUCAUCCGGUUGAUGCCUCAGACGGAAGCCGGUAAAACUGCCCUCGCGUACUUAUCCGAGCACUGCGAUAUACCUGAAGAUAGACAAGAUCUAGAGAACGCCCUGAUUCAUGUGGCGCGUCACUUCGUCAUACAUGGCCGUCCUGAUAGAGAAGAGAACCUCGGGCAAGCGCAAAGUAGUGAGAGCGCAGGUACAGAGUCGGUUGUACAUGCCCCUGCCGAGCGAAUGACCUUGAAGGAGGCUCGGACGCCGAGAAAUAUGCACGAUGGGAAACCGGCGAGUCGUGGUGGUCAGCUCCUACCGAAAAGGGUUCGCAGUGUGUUUCGAUCGAUCCGCGGAGGCUUGCACGUCGAGAGAGUUUGA